CCAGGUGGGGGUCCAAAGACCGAGCCCAAGCCCUGCCAAACCAGGCAGGGGGGCCAAAACCGCAGCAGAGCUCAGGCUUCAGCUUUGGUCCUGAGCUGUAGGACUCAGACUUUGACUUCGGCCCUGGGCCCCAGCAAGUCUUAACGCCAGCCCUGGCAAUCCCAUUGAAAUGGGGUUGCGACCCACUUUGGAGUUCCAACCCACAGUUUGAGAACUGCUGUCCUAGAGUAUCUGUUUUGGUCUCUGUUGCUAUUUUCUGCUCACAAGGAAGGAUGAAGCUCUGCACUACCAGUAUACCUGGAGGCAGAAUUUGGCCUUUCAUUUUCUUGCCUUGCAGUCUCAACAUGAUCUUCUGUGUUUCCUGGCUUCAGGAUGCUCUGUUUCAGCUGGGAGGAAUUCAAAGUAUAUUUAAAAUGUGACUGGAGUUUACACACUUUUGUUAAUUACAAUAAUCCAGGACUAUCUAUCACUGUGUUUCUUCCAUGAGAGAAGAUAAGGAGACAGGGUUGGCAGGAAGAAUUGAGUUUGUAAACCAAAUAAGUAGCAGCAGUUGAGUUUGGAAGCUUGGAGAUAAAUUGUUUUUCGAUUCUUAAUUUCUAGCGCUAGACAUCAUGGCGAUGGGCACAAUGGAAAUGCCUAAAAGAUAAAUGGUGACCUCCCCUUUCUUUGGAAAAAAUCCUGGGAUUAGUGGUUCCAACAGCUAUCAAAUUAUUAUUACAUCAUAUUGAAAAUUAAGAGAGGUAUAUAGAGUUCUGAAGAAGACAUCAUUCGCAUUGCCAAUGAGUGAGGUGUUCACAUUACAAAGCAAACAGGAGGAGAGAGACUCUGAAGGUGAAGAGGAUGACAUGACCUGUGGAGACUUGGGAAAUGGACUUGGUAGAAGACCUGGUGGUGUCUAUGAAAUGGAAGGUUUAAAUGUGCACACGUUUAGAUCUAGGAAAGGGUCUGAUAAGAUCUUCAGCCCGCUUCUGUUAAAGAAAGGGGAACAAAGUGAUGCUGCAAUUUUUCACUAUUCAAAAUGCAAUGGUUUAUAUGAUGUAUCAUCCAAAAAGCUUGGAAUAAGUGGCGUUACUAGAUGCAGCCGACAAAAUAGUUCUGAGUCUAAUUCUGACGUGUCAAAUGAAGAAUUAAGGCAACAACUUCAGGAGGCUAUAGAGGAGGUAGAGAUUUUAAAAGUAGAGCUUGAAGCAUCACAGAGACAACUUGAAGGAAAAGAAGAAGCACUUAAAAUUCUGCAAAAUAUGACAGUGUUUAAUAAAGCCACUAGUCAUACAAAAGCAAUGCUUCAAAAAACUGAGGAACAAAAGAGAGCUUUAGAAAAGGAAAUAAAUGCUUUGCAAUGGGAAAUUGAAUUUGAUCAAGAAAGAUUUAAAAACAUAGAAGAGACAUGGACAGAAAAAUGUGACAGGAUAUAUUGUGAAAAUGCAGCCCUUAAGGAAACAUUGAAACUCAGAACAGAUGAAGUUAGAACUCUUAAAUCUGAAAAUGCAAUUUUGAAUCAACAGCGCUUGGAGUUUCUUGCAAUGCUUGAUGUAAAACAACAGAAGAUUAUUCAGGAAAAUAUGUCCAUUAAUAAAAGUGGCUUUACAGAAAUUACAGGUCUUGAACUGGCGGUUCUUGGAGCCUGCACCUGUAAUGCUUCUGGAGGAGAGCCCUGUUCCUGUGCUAAAAUGUCAGCUGCAACUCGAAAGCAGCUCCUUCAGCUCAGACAAGAGUGUGAAGCUCUGAAGAAGAGUAAAGAAGAAGCGUAUAUAAUGGCAGAUGCCUUCAGAAUUGCGUUUGAGCAGCAGUUAAUGCAGAGGAAAGACCAGGCUUUGAGGCUCACACAAGUGAAUAAGAUCUGUAAAAAAGAAACAAAACUUAUAAACUGGAAACGCCUGAAAGAGGAUGGACUUGUGAAAUUGCAAGGGAACAAGAAAAAUCUGGGACAAAAGUUGACGGGCAUGCUUGUUUCUGAUGCUGACUGCAGGAAAAUGGAAGAAUUGGAUAAUCCUCAUGAAAUCCUCAGGAUGCUAAUAGAUUUGCUGAAUGAUAAAGAAGAGGCUUUGGCUCAUCAAAGAAAGGUUAGUUAUAUGCUGGCUCGUGCAAUGGAGGGAAAAGAAGAUGCAUCAAAGCAGAGUAACAAAAACAAUCUUUCAGGAGAAAACAUUACUCUGAAGAACCAUCAGGAUACAGCUUCAGAAUCUCAAGAGUCAACUGAGCCUGAAUAUUCAUGUUGCCAAAAUCUUGGCGCUCAGGACAACACUUUCUCAAUUCUCAACACAAAAAUAUAUCAAAAAUCAGCAAGACCACUUAAAAAAUCACAUUCCUGGCCAUCCAGGAAUUUAAAAGAAAAUUAUGUGCAAGGGAUAGAUGAAACUACAGAUAUGAAUUGUACAUAUCAGAGCACUCAGAAUUAAAAAAUAACUUGUGAUAGUGCCAAGGCACAACUCUAAUUCUGUAAUAAAAUUCCAGAAAAUCUGGUUUAUGAAAGAGGGGGACGGGGGGAGGGAUAGCUCAGUGGUUUGAGCAUUGGCCUGCUAAACCCAGGGUUGUGAAUUUAAUCCUUGAGGGGGCCACCUAGGGAUCUGGGGCAAAAUCAGUACUUGGUCCUGCUAGUGAAGGCAGGGGGCUGGACUCAAUGACCUUUCAGGGUCCUUUCCAGCUCUAGGAGAUAGGUAUAUCUCCAUAUAAUUUAUUUUAACUACUUUUCUAAAGAACAUAUUUCAAUACUUGGGGUAAAAAUGUUAAGAUACUUAUUUUUUUAAUUAUGUUGUACUGUAUAAUCCUUUUUAGACUUUGUAAACUGUCUGUUUACUGUCUGCUUCUGUGUGUGCCUGCUAUUAUGAAAAAAAGUCGGGCAAAAGCUUUUGGAAGGAUUGGUGUAUUAAUUAAUCAAGGUGGUUUGUUUUUGCUGUGGGGAUGGUUUUGCCUUUUACCUGUUCUUUUCCUCUUACAUCUGAUAACCAAAAUAAAGACCUUAAAAAAACAUUUGAUUCUCUUCCAACUCUGCCGUGUGCUUAAAAAAAGGUAUAAGAAAUGUGUGGAAAACCAAGAGUCAUGCUGUGUUGUAUCUGUAGUUCAUUAAUUAACAUUAGCAAUGCUGGAUGCAUUUCAAAAUCCUGUAUGUAACACAUAGCAGCAAAGACCAUUCCAGAUUAAGUCCCAACAAAUAGCUUCGUGGUUUCAGUGUUUGUUUUGUUUUACUAUUUAAAUUAUAAUUAUACCAGUGUUUUGAUACACCUUAUGAUUAGGGCCCUACCAAAUUCACAGUCUAUUUUGUUCAAUUUCCCGGUCGUAGGAUUUAAAAAAUAAUAAAUGUCUUUAUUUCAGCUAUUUAAAUCUGAAAUUUCAGAGUGUUGUAAUUGAAAGGAUCUUGACCCAAAAAGGAGUUGUGGGAGGGAUGCAAAGUUAUUGUAGGGGGUUGUUGCGGUACUGCUGUCCUUACUUCUGUGCUGCUGCUGGCAGUGGCGCUGCCUUCGGAGCUGGGCAGCUGGAGAGCGGUGGCUGCUGGCCGGGAGCCCAGCUCUGAAGGCAGAGCCACUGCCAGCAGCAGCGCAGAAGUAAGGAUGGCAUGGUAUGAUAUUGCCAACUUUACUUCUGCGCUGCCGCCUGCCGAGCUGAGCCCUAGGGCAGCAGCCGCCACUCUCCAGCAACCCAGCUCUGAAGGCAGCAAUGCAAAAGUAAGGGUGGCAUGGUAUGGUAUUGCCACCCUUACUUCUGUACUGCAGCUGGUGGGGUGCCGCCUUCAGAGCUAGAUACCUGGACAACAGCUGCCACUCUCCAGCUGCCCAGCUCUGAAGGCAGCACAGAAGUAAGGGUGACAAUACUACAACCCCCCUAAAAUAACCUUGUGACACCCCCACACACAACUGACUCCCCCCUUGCAACUCCCUUUUGUCAGGACCCCCAAUUUGAGAAACACUGGUCUCCCCCGUGAAAUCUGUAUAGUUAGUAUAGGGUAAAAGCACCCAAAAGACCAGAUUUCACAUUCCGUGGUGUGUUUUUCAUAGCUGUGAAUUUGAUAGGGCCCUACUUAUGAUAAGGUAUUAAGUUUCUGAGACUACACUUAAACAUAAUUUUUAUCAGCUAUUUGGACACAGUCCAAAAGUUGACCUACACUGAAAGUUUCUGGGAAGUAGCCUUUCAGUUCCAAGUUGGUUUUAUCUCGUUCAUUAAAAAUAUCUGUCACUCCAUGGCUUUCUUUAAUAUUUGCAAGUACUUGUCGUUUCUUAAAACGUUUCUAUUUAGCUGUAUUUGCAGCAAGUAGUUAUACGAUAAACUCCAUUUCUAGCUAGAACAGGCUGAAUACCAGAAAAAAUAAUGUUGAGUAUUUUUGAUUGAUAUUGCUGCUAUUAUUAGAGUAAAAUGUUUUCAAUUAAUAUUAUUUGACCAACUAAACGGUUCGGGAAAACAGCAGUUUGCAGACAUAUAUGUUCAUUGAAUAGUAUUUAACCAUGUGUACGCAGAUCAAUUCUGAUAUAAUUGAGGAUGCUCAUGUUCAAACAGGGAACAGAACAAUAUACUUUUUAAGGUUUCAGCUCUGUUAGCAGUUCAGGAAAUUUGGAACGAUCAGUAGUUUCUGCUCAAGGGAAGCUAAUGACUAUAUUGAGGGACUAAGGACAAAAGCCUUGUCUCAUUGAAGUGUAUGUGAAUUUCGCUGUUAAUUAGGUCACAGGCCCAAAUCCUGCUCCCAUCUACAUUAUGAAAGUGACUAUUUUAAAGCAUGAUGAUUUAAUACAGCUGGGGACCAACUUGAUAAAGACUAAGUCCAAAACAGGUUUGUUUUGUACUUUAGCCCAGUUAUAACAUUGCUCCUGUCCACAAAGACCAGGACCAAAGCAGAGUUGUAACAUGGUGGUUCCCAAACACGUUUUAACACAGACAAUUUCAUAGUGCAUAUGGUCCCUAAGAUACAUUAGCAGAGCUAUUAAAUCUUUCAAAUCACCUGCCCACACUAUCCCUGGCUGAUGCCAAGGCUCUUAGUCACUGUUUCGUGAGCACUGAAUUUCCUUAUAAAUUAAAAGAUUCUGGGCCCAAUGCUAUUUCCCUGGAAGUUGGUGGGGAUUUCAACUAGUACAGUAUAGCCCUGAUCCCUCACUAGAGCUUCUAGGUGCUAGCAUAAUAUGAAUAAUAAAUGAUGUAAUUUAACCAGAGAGAAUAAUAUUUUUGAAACCUAAACAUAUAUUGAGAUUUUAUAUAAAUAAAAUAUAAGCUAAAAUAUUUGUCCAAUGUUUUACUACUAUUGGACUGCUUGUACUUAUAUCCUCUUCAAUUUUUAUUUAGGAAUACAAGUCUUUAUAUCUAUGACUAUACUAAGCAAAGGCUACUGUUUUUUUAUUAUAAUUGUUAAUAAAAAAAAUUUCAAUAAACCCCAGUCACUUGAGAAUGACAUGGUUGUCAAUGGGAUCUAUGAAUUUAAAAAAAAUAUACCUUUGGGACUUUUUGAAUGCACUGUGUACCUUGUCAGUUAAUUUAUGGCUGUAUUUAUCUUUACAUUUUCAGUUCUACAGGAGCACUGUCUUAACUAUAUCUCCUAAAUCAGGAAAUCUUUAAGAAAAGUUUACUUGCUGAGUCAACAUACAAUUGGUGCUUUCUGGACAGAUCAAUGGGGACUUUAUUUCUGCAAAAUAUCAAUUGCAUGUGAAUGAAAAUACUUUUAUUAGUCCAAAUGUGAAAUGCAAUAUCCUUAAACAAUGUUGUAGUUGUUCUUUACCCAUCUUUUUUUCCUCUCUAAAAUUAUUUUAAAUGCUGGCACAAACAUUUCAUGUAUUGUAUGAUAAUUAUAACAUUUACCAAAAUAAAUAUAUUGUUUUUAAUUUGA